CGUCAGCGCACAGUAUUUCAUGAUAUUGAUAUCUGAGCCUUACGGUGCUUUGGAACUUCUUCAAUCUAUACGCUAGAACUCUUUUCCUGCCUACAAUUUCCACUGGCAAGCCGGUGCUCUCUCGGAGAUGUCAGUUGAACCACGCAGCGCGGCCGCUCUUCAUACCGAAGGUGGAUCCGUUAUACCAAGCACAGCUUUCCAACUUGACGGCAUGGUCACAAGAAGCCUCCGCCUCAGGCUUGGCUGAGCUAGAAUCACCUUCAUGACACCACUUUACAUUGAAACCCGUACUGAUAAUUUGGCUUGUUCGGCAGGCAAGAAACGAUUGUCUUUGAAGCUUGGAGUUUCUUUCUUCCUCUUUGGACUCAUAAACAAUGUACUCUACGUUAUCAUUCUUUCGGCUGCGCUCGACCUCGUCCCUCCAUCAACACCCAAGGGCAUCAUUGCCUUUUGUAAUAUUGCUCCAGCCUUAAUCGCGAAGCUCGGGUGGCCGUACUUUCUCAAAGGUCGCAUACGUUAUGCCCGACGCAUUGUCGGCUGCUGCACACUAAGCGUUAUAGGCAUGCUGGUCGUUGCCUUCCACGAAAGCCUGUUUUCGAGGCUGCUGGGAAUAUGUCUUGCGUCGUUUUCGUCGGGUCUGGGAGAAAUGACCUUUUUACAACUUUCGACAACAUAUAGUCGUUCCGCAGGAGGCCGAAGCGUCGGGUACUUUGCCUCAGGUACUGGAGCUGCAGGUAUUGUCGGAGCGUUCAUGUGGUGGGAACUCAGGGGCCUGGGUGUCCGUACGGGUGUUGGCAUCUCAGCGGUUCUCCCAUUCACCCUUCCUCUGGCAUACUUUUUUUUGCUUCCUCGUCCAGCAGCAUUUAUUCAUCAGUCAUCUUCUGCAUCAUACACGCUUGUUCCCGCUGACGACCUUGAGACUGAGAUUGAUGAUGAUCUGUCUGCUCAAGAUGACGUAGAAUCUCGUGUAGAGACCAAGGUUACCGCUGGCUUAUCAGCCGCGGAUAAAUGGCGUCUAGUCAAACCGAUGCUAUUUAAGUAUAUGCUUCCACUAUGUGAGCAGUCUUUAUCAAUCUUUGAGUAUACCAUCAACCAAGGUGUCGCACCAACUUUAUUAUACCCCGUUCCGUCGCACGGCCUCAUCAGCAAGAUCAUUCAUUCUGUCCGCGACUACUAUCCACUUUGGCAGUUUACCAAACAACGGUUUUUUUUCUCUCGUUCAAGCAUAUCUCUUGGCUUGAAAACUCUUCCGGCCCAUCUCCUCCCUGCUCCAGCUAUCAUUCAGUUCGUGAUCCUGCUUUUACUGGUCAUGGAAUCCGCUGUUGGGCUGCUUCCGGAAGAUCGUGCGGGAGGAAGUAUAUUCCUCGUUUUCGUGCUCAUCAGCAUUGAAGGCAUCUGUGGCGGUUUGGCAUAUGUCAACGUGUUCUAUCGCAUUAAUCAAGAGCAACCGGAUCCAGCCUCGGCGCACAACCUUGAGCUCACAAAGCAAGAGCGAGAGUUUAAGAUAGGUUCUAUUGGUUUUGCUGACAGCUCGGGGAUUUUACUGGCUUCGAUUCUCGCCGUACCUACGGAAAUGGAACUUUGUAGAGCGCAAGUUGCAAGGGGGAAAUACCUAUGCCAGGGACUCUAGGUCUAUGGGUGCCCCUUCGGUAAUUGAGCUGCGGAGGACACAUGUUAUAUUUAUUAGGUACAUGGGGCCAGAUAUAGCUUAUACACAACGUUUUGAGAAGUAAUGAUACAUUGUGCUGGGGGU